AUGGAUGAAUUCCCAACCUAUCCGGAUCUACGACAGAAGGUCGCCCUUGUCAUGGGCAUCGGGCAGACCACAAGCUGCAAUCCAGAGGCUUGGGGCAAUGGAGCAGCCAUCGCACUCAGACUCUCACAAAACGACGCGUUCGUCUUUGGAUGCGAUUUGGACAUGGCCGCAGCAGAGCGAACGAAAUCCCGACUGCCGGGCCCAUGCACGGUCAUGGCCGCUGAUGUGACAUCUGCCACCGAUGUCUCGCGCGUCGUCGAUACCUGUAUAUCCACCUACGGCCGCAUAGACAUCCUCAUCAACAACGUCGGCUUCCCAGUUCAGGGAGAUGCUGUGAGCUUACACGAGGGACUUUGGAACUCGCAACUCCACAUCAACCUCAACAGCGUCUACCUCGCCUGCCAAAAAGUCAUACCUAUAAUGCAAGAGCAGGGCUGUGGAUCAAUCGUGAACAAUUCCUCCAUCGCAGGACUCCGAUACCUAGGCAAGCCGCAGAUCGCGUACAACACUGCCAAGGCCGCUGUUAUGCACUUCACACGAGUGACAGCCGCCGCAUUUGCCAAGGACGGUGUGCGUUUGAAUUGUGUGGCUCCAGGACUGAUAUUGACACCCUUGGUAGAGGCAAUGGAGUUCAGUCCUGAUGAAGGGAAGAGAGAGAUGUUUCGGAAAGUGACCGAGCACAACGUGCCAAUGGGCCACAUGGGUACACCUUUUGAUGUGGCCGAUGCUGCUGUGUUCUUGGCAAGUGCAGCAGCAAAAUACAUCACAGGACAUACAAUAGUUGUGGAUGGAGGGUUGACCGUCUCCACGGGGACAUAA